UUUUUUUUUUUUUUGUUUUGGACUUGAAAGGCCACCGACAGAGAUUCCAAGAACUCCUACUUCUGUUUGAUUUGUCUUUGCCUUUCUCCUUAUGAUUUUAUCAACUGUAGGCAAGUAGGUGUAACUUUGGCUUAUUGCGCGUACCUGCAUAUAUUUUAACAAAGCCACGUAGACAUGAAUGAAGACGCGUAGAACGCGCUUCCGAGUAGAAGCUUAUAAUGGGGUUAUUCGUAAAACAAUAAUGAUCGCUUCACGUCAAAUCAUGCAUGCGACCGGAAGCGCUCAAUCAAGAUUGAAAUUCAUACUUGGUGAACUGCUGUAAAGAUACGUGAAUGGUAUGGUGGCCGUUUUUAGCUACGCGGUUUGUUUACAACAAAUAAACUGCAGUGUGUAUGACAUAGUGUCAACGCUGAUUGGCCCUUCAUCUAACGAAUAAAAGUUCCUUGUAAUCGAUCUUCCGCCUCUAUUCUAAUCUCCAUCGAAACCCUAACCCUGAUUAGGUCCGGGACUUAUACCUACAUGUUCCCUCCUUCCCUCAACAAACAACAAUUAUUUUACUUAUUUAUCGAUUCUUCCAAUACUGAAACCUUAUUUCUCACUAUUGCAAAUAGUGAAUUGAAGGUUGUCGGAUAGUAUCUGAGGAAUUUAAUCGAAGUUAGAAGGCCUGCUGUAUUAAUGCGGGUACUGCAGAUCGUGAAUAUUUAAUAUUUCUGUGAACUAUAUUAUUUUUUAAAGUGGCUGUGAGAACAGUGAACUAUACAUGACCAGUGAGAAUAUUAUAUCUGUGAAAUCCUCGCAGGGUAAAGUUAAUAUUUCAAACGACUCUGGUAAAUAUACUUUGGGUUCAAUGAACGUCUCUAAUAUCGAUAUUACUGUGACGCACCCUUAUUCUGCCGAAACCGCCUCUAUAAGCAAAAGUGGAUUGGGUAAAAGAAACGACUCGACAUUUACACCUAGAUCACCAGAGCCUUCCAUGAAUGGGGAAGGUAAGAAAACUUCGUAUUUCCCCUUAAAUGAGAAUGAAGAUGGAACGCUAGAUUUGUUUGGUGAUAAUGAACUCGAGGAAGAAAAUUUACAAUAUCAGGAGAACGACUAUUCUUCUCAAUACUUGCAUCCUACACCGCCGUAUACGAACUAUGACGAUGAGUCUCCGUCUUCACCGUCUCAAGCGUCCGAAGGAGCUAGUAAAAAGCACAUACUAGAAAGCAAUACUUCUACCAAAUUGGACUCUAAUGAAGCUCCUAACAAGCGCCAACGCUAUGACGGAACGGACGUUGAGCAUGAACAACCUCAUUCUGUAAAUGCUAUCAACUCCGUUCAACCUGAACGAAAACCUUCACCUAUAGAAAUGCAAUUAAAAUCAGAGCUUUCUGUAGUCCCUCCUUCCUCUAAAGUUUCAAAUGUCGCUGGCGGCGCCGCUCAAGUUAUCUCAGAUCUACCGGAUAGCGCAGUUGAGGAAAAAGAAUUUCUGUCUUCGAAAGAGUAUCCCCCAAUGACAAAAGAGCAACACAAGUACAUUCAUGCCAUGCUUCGUCAACUUCGUCGUGGUCGCGAUUCAAUUCCUUUCCGUGCUCCGGUCGAUUCAGUAAAGCAAAACAUUCCUGAUUAUCCUUCAAUAGUUAAGCACCCAAUGGAUUUAGGCACCAUUCAAAAAAAAUUUUCAAGUGGUCGUUAUGCCAGUGCUGAGAACUUUAUUGACGAUAUGAGCUUGAUGUUUGACAAUUGCUUUCUAUAUAAUGGUACAGAAUCUCCAGUAGGUGUGAUGGGAAAAAAUUUACAGGCUACAUUUGAACGACAAUUAAAGCAAUUGCCUUCCCCGUAUGUUACUAGCUCCUCUAGACCUGGACGACGUCCUCGUAAUACGACUACAGCUAGUAGGCCCACGAGUCGGACGCGACGACAGUCUGCUUUAUCAUCAGGUCGAGAGACGAUGUAUGAUCUAAAACCUCAUCGCAGAAAAGAUGCAGCUGAGAUGAAAUUCUGUCAGUCUGUUUUGAAGGAGUUGCUGAAAAAGCAGCAUGAAUCCUAUGCUUAUCCUUUUUACAAGCCAGUUAAUCCUAUAGCCUGUGGCUGUCCCGAUUAUUAUAAAGUCAUCAAGCAUCCCAUGGAUCUUUGUACGAUGCAGAAUAAAUUGAACCACAAUGAGUAUGCAUCUCUUAAAGCUUUCGAAGCUGAUAUGUUGCUUAUGUUCAAGAACUGCUAUAAAUUUAAUCCUCCUGGCACGCCAGUACAUAUUAUGGGAAAAAAGCUUGAGUCCGUGUUUCAGAAAUUGUGGGCCGAGCAGCCUGAUUUUGAUUCUGAAGCCUAUCCUUCACUUUCAUCUGUGAAUGCUGACUACUAUUAUGGGGACAACGAUGUGUUCGAUAGCGCGGAUGAGUUCUUAGAUGAUGGAGAAGAAUUUGAGGCUGUCAAUCGACAGAUAUAUAGACUUCAGAGCACUUUACGUGCGAUGAAAACGAGAGCUCGUUCCUCUUCAGUUUCUCGUUCUCGAAGUUUGAGUAUUGAUAACUUUCCACCAAUUACCUAUGAAAUGCAGAAUGAAUUAGCUGAACAAUGCAAUUACCUAACAGCUGACCAACUGACGCAUGUUGCGGAAAUUCUACGUUCAGCCCUUCCUCAUCUUCGAAAAACAGACGAAAUAGAAAUUGAUGUUUCGUCGAUGCCUCCUGAUGUAUUCUUUAAAGUUUACUACUAUGUAUGCAAAGGGGAUGAAACAGCUGCCGAUCAUAUUCUAAUGUCUCCUCAACCUCAGAAGGAGAGAAAGGGUCGUGCUUUGUCUGAACAUGAACAGGCAGAGAAGAUUCGCCAGCUUCGUGCUCAACUUGAUCGCUUUGCUGGAAUAGCUAGUCAAAACAAAGGAUUGAGUGAUUCUACAGCUGCUUAUCAGUCAAAGGCGUUUGCUACGGAUGAAUCGUCGUCUGAAGAUGAUGGCGAAAGCAGCGAAAGCAGUGAUUCAGCGUGAGCUAAUGCGGUAGGAGCUUUUUUCUUUAAUUUUCAAGGUUUCGGUUUAUUAUCUCAUUAUUAUAAUUCGUGUUAUUCUUAAUUUUUCAGGUUUCUUGCGCUGUACAUAUGUGUUUUGCUUAUGUUGAAUUUCUUCCUUUUAAUACUUUCACAUUCUUUAUUGUUGAACAUUUUUCACUCGCAUGAUCUUCUACGUAACGGUUACUUCGUGAUUUCUAAAUUGAAAUCUAGUUCCAAUUUGUUAUGAUUCUUUUGAUAUAAUGUUGUUUUUGGUGAACUGUCUUAAUCAGUCUGUCGGUUUUCUCUGUAUUUCAUUUUAAUUUACUUUUUUUCUGCGAUUUUAAAGCACAGUUUUGUUCUAUCUAUACUGAAAACCGCAGUUUUGAUUUACAAUGUCUCAUCUCUUGUACACUAGUUAGCGUUUAUAUUUGAUACGUUUAAUAAAACUAUUUUUAAAAAGAUA